AUGGAUAAAAUUUUUACGAAAUUGUCCUUUUUUGAGAGGGAACUGGAUGCGAUGGACAAUCAGAGAAGGAUGAACAAUGUUGUUAUUCACGGAUUGGAAGAGAGGAAAGAGUCGUCUCUGGAAAUAUUUGAUACUGUUAGUUCUUUUGCGGUUAAUACUUUGAAUUUAUCCGCGUUACAUUUUGUAAAUGUGCAUCGGAUUGGGAAGAGGAUUGGAGAUAAACCCAGACCAGUGAUUUGUCAAUUUGGGUGUUUUAGAGAUAAAUUAAGAUUUAAAAAGGCUGUAUUUGAAAAUCGGAAUCUUAAUGUUGCUGUGUAUGAUGAUUUUUCUAAACGUUUAAGGGAUAUUAGAUACAACCUAAGGAUUUUUGGAAAGAAAAAAAGGGAAGGAGCAAGGAAUGUUCGGUUAAGCUAUGAUAAGUUAUUGGUAGAUGGAAUUUAAAGGAGCACAUGUAUGACAUUAGUAAAGGGAACAACAACACUAUCUUGGCAAUCACGGCACAAUCGGACGGAGCAAAUCUUAAGUGGGACGAUGCAAGGAUAGUUAGAUCGGUCCAUUCUCCGACUAUCGCGUUUGGCAUAGAAAAAAUGCAGACACAUAAGAGUAAAAUAAAUAACAAUUGCUUAAACGCAAAAGAUGCUAAUGCUCUUCCAACGGCAUGGAAAUACUUGUUAGAAAAAGAAAUGGGAAUAAAAAACCCGUAAACUUACGGAGGAUAUAUUUUACUAGUUUAAUGUAUAUUUUUUGUUAUACUCUUGGUUUUAUUAUUUUCUAUAUAUGUUACUAAUAUUUCUUCUUCUUUCAGGUACGGACGGAUAAUUGCGGGCCUAGGAAGUCGUCCGACGGGUCCGGCUUAUAAUCGGGCAACCGCCGAAACUUACAUUUUGUGGCAAUUACGAACCCGAAGCCCCGUCCACCAAUCGGUGGAUAGGGCUUUGGGUGCGCGAUUUAAUGGGAAGGACAAAACCAACGAACGUUACCCGAAAUAGCCUCCCCGGCGGAAAGAUCUUAACGCCAGAAUAAGUGUAUUUUGCCCGUCGGUUUUGUCUCCUCCCGGGAAAGAUUAAGAAAAACAUCGGAAAGUAUCGAAGUACCGUACGGUACGUACCGGAGGCACGAACGGAUGCCUAGAACCGUAGGAAAAUCUUUCCGUUUAGGCCAUAUUUGUAAUUAUAGUAGAAUAUAAUC